GCGCCAAACAAGCUGAAGGCUUUUUUGUGAAGUGCGGACAGAACUCGUUAGGAACUUUUGCAAAAGUGGUGCAAAUUAACAGAGUUUUUGAGCAUUUACUGAAAUGUUGGCAUCAAAACCUUGGAUCCAAGGAUCCAUCCUGCUGGUGUUACUCACGUUAUGUGGACAAACUGCUCACUGGCAAAAUCAACACAAAGACUCUGCAUAUCAUGAAGAACUGAGACUCAUCCUGGUUGGUAAAACAGGGUCAGGAAAGAGUGCGUCUGGAAACACCAUUCUGGGCGAUACAAACGCUUUCAAAGAGGACAUUUCACCUGAGUCUGUUACUGAUGGCUGUCUCAGAAAAGAGGUAGACAAAAGUGGAAGAAAAAUUGUUGUGAUUGACACUCCAGGACUGUUUGGCACAACCAAAACACAAGAUGAAGUGAAAGCAAAAAUUGAGGAGUGCAUUGAACAGUCAGUUCCUGGACCGCAUGCUUUCCUUUUAGUCAUCAGCCUGAAGUCAAGGUUCACACAAGAGGAACAGGAUGCUGUCACGUGGAUUGAAGAAAACUUUGGUUCCGAAGCUUCCCUAUACAUCAUAGUUCUGUUUACACAUGGUGACCUGCUGCAGGAUAAAUCAGUGGAAGACUAUUAUAAAAAAAGCAUACAUCUUAGAACACUGAUAAACAAGUGUGGAGGAAGGUACCAUUCACUCAUCAAUAAUCAGAAAGAAAGCAGAAAACAGGUCAAAAAUCUUCUAGAUAAAAUAGAGGAAAUGGUGGACUUCAAUGGUGGACGUCACUACACCAAUGAGAUGUAUGAGACAGCCCAGAAGAGGCUUGAAGAAAAAAGGGAAACGAGGAGGAGGGAGGAAAAGCAAAGAAAAAGGGAAGAAGAGGAGAGGAUCAAAUUAAAAGAGUGGUGUAAAAUGAUAUUAUAUACAUCUGCAGCACUUUUGGGUGCAGGGCUGUUUUAUACCUCACCUUUUCUCGUGGCAGUAGCUUCAGGACUUGGCUUUAAUUGCAUAAUAAGUAUGCUUACUUGGGCCUUACACCUUUACAAAACAAAAAGGCCAAUAUAUAAUGGCUAACACACUGGGCAUCAAAUCAAAUGUCAUUUGGAAUUAGGUGGUUUUAAAUUACGUUUGAAUUCACUUUAUAUUUACUUUAUGUUGCAUUUAUUUCUAAUCUAAUGUGACUGUUUUUUUAAUAGAGUAUUUUUUGUCAAAUCACAAUUUAAGAAUAUGUGAAACAACUGUGAAACAGAUUUGUAGAUAUAUUAAUAUUUUAAAUUCAUCGCACCGUAACAAUGUACCACAGUAGAACCAUCCUCAUUUAGUUCAGUUCAAAUUUAUGUAUAUAGUGCAAAUUCAAAACCACAUUUUCCUGGUGUAUAUUCUAAGACAGUGUUUCCCAACCAUUUGGAGCCACUGCACAUAUUUCACAUUAGAAAAAUCACAUGGCACACCACCAAACAAAUAUGUAAUUUUUCUCUGCACACCAGGCAUAGUGAAAUUGGCUUGAUUUGUCCCCAAUAUACCUUUUUUUUUUUUCUUUUUUUUUUUUUUUUUUUUUUGCUUUCUUCUGACCACUACUCAUGCUAGGACCUUUAUCUGAUUUGGAAUUUUCUCCAGGACCCAGGUCAGAUUGACUACUUUUUUUUCUCCUUCAAAUAUUCAUCUAUACUGCGUUCUGCGUUGUCUCACUUGCAGCAUGUAAUUUCUUUGUCUUCUUCAGUUUUAUGGGAAGUUGCAUCCCAUUUAAUUGGAGCAAGAAGUUGUACUGCCCUCUAGUGGAAGAGAAUGUAAUUGUUCUUCCCGUUACUCCUUUUCGAGCAUAAACAUUGUGUACAUACAGAUAUUAAUGAAAACUUGAUGUUUUUAAGUUUCUUUUCUCUUGUUAUUUCAGUUAUAUUUGCAUCUGUCUAUCUAUCUUGUGUGUGCUUAAUCUGAGUGUUUAAUUGUGCUUGAGAAUGAAUGAAUGAAUGAAUGAAUGUGUUUUUGUAAUCCUGGAAAGGACCUCGUGGUCGUUGCACAUUUAAUAACAUUCUGAUGGUGUUAAUGUUAAUUAAGAUAAUAUUAAACCAGAGUCUAACCCAGCAGUCUGAGGUUGAUGUUUCAGAGUUUUAGUGCCCCAUCUACAUUUUUACUGGCCUGCAAAAGAAAAUGAAAAAAUAAGCUUUUAUUUGUAUAUUUUGAAAUAGGAAUAGAUAUUAAAUAAUAUUAUUGUAUAUUAUGACUGGCGACCUGUCCAGGUUGUACCCCGCCUUUCGCCCUGUGACAGCUGGGAUAGGCUCCAGCGCCCCCCGCGACCCUGAAAAGGAUAAGCGGAAGCGAAUGGAUGGAUGGAUCUUACAUUAAAUCUGAAACAUAAUGAUACAAAAUGUCUUUAGCUUUACUGUAGAUUUUUGCUGUGUGAAACAAACAUUGGUGGUUGGGAGUUGGAGUUGGAGUAAAGAGGAUAACAGUGGAGGAAGAGCGAAGACUUGCCAGGGACCUUUUGGUGUAGAAGCAUGUUGCCCCUCAUAUGUUCUGGUGACAUUAGUUGGAGCACUUGGACACAUUCAAUUAAAUGGCACAAUGGACCUUUUUCCUUAGGUAUGAGUUCUAUGAUGGAAAAAAGUGAAAAUAAUGGCUAAGAAUGUGGCAAAUAAUAACUUUCAAUAACAUGUACUUUUAAAAUGUUUGUGCAUUCCAUCCAUCCGCAUGAAAGGAAUUUUUGAAUACACUUGUUUUCCAUUCUUAUUUACCUAUUGACUGUUUGUUUAUA